AUGGACGACUUUCCAUGGGAUCAAGUAAAGGCAGGGGACCUGGAGAGUCUGCAUCUCGUUCUCUUUACGAGUUCGACUUCUCGCAGAACUCGUGCUCUCCAGGACCUGCGCGAUCGAAUUGGUUCUGACCUCCCUCAAACAAUUCGUGAGCCUCUCAUCGAACUUCUCUUCAAGACCUAUCCUCUCUACGUCGACCGUGCGUCCCGACAGGCCGUUCAAGAAUGUCUCCGCUCGCUUCUGGUGGACCCAGUGUCGUCCGAUCUUCUCAAGCUUCUCACCCAGAAGUUGCAAAUUGAAUCAUCCAAGACCGGAUUGGCGUCCAGUUCCGCCUUCGUGCUUCUAGAAUGGUGCUCGAUCUUGCUCCAGAACUUCAAAACCGAUUCCGAGACGCCGCUUGCCGUCGUGUUGGAUCUCAUCGCCGUGGACGCCAAGGCUCUGGAAACCUGCCUCUCCGCCGGCCCCAAACCCGCCGUAAAGCAAUCCGCGCUUAGAGUCACCCGGCGCGCUCUACGAGCCGUUUUCUCAUCACCGACCCGAGGCGACGAUGCCAUUCGCGAAUCCGUUCGCCGAUUGACUAGCGAUUCCACUGCCGGACAGAAGAAUGCGCCCUUCCUUGGGGUUAUCUCCGGGGUUUGCGCCCGUCUGCCAGGGAAGAAGGCUGUAUUGGACGAGGAGAAGAAGGCCAUCGUUGCGUUCUACAUCAAGGAACUUGUCGGAUCCAAGACUGCUCCCCCGAGUCAUAUUGCCAACGCCCUAUUCGACUUCUUCGUCGCAUUCGUAUCGUAUGAUGAUGUGGUGUCCGAGAUCAUCCCGCCUUUGGAGAAGGCCAUCCUGCGAGCCCCGGAGGUGGUUUUCAGCGGUCUGGUACCGUCGCUUUGCUCCGCGCUGCCGGAAGACAUUGAUCUAUCGGAGGUCCUGCAAUCCCGGCUACUGAAGCACCUUCUUGCCAGCAUGAAGUCGAACAAUCCGGCCAUCAGACAAGGCGCUGUCCAGUCCUUCGAAUCGUUACUCUCUCGAUCCAAGGCUGAGGGCUUGCUUCUCAAGAUUGCGAGCGAGGUUAUCGGUCCUCUGAAGACCCAAAAAAUCACGAAUCCCGAGCACCGUGCCGCAUACGCCCAAUCGCUCUCGGCCGUCCUCCCCUCGGUCAACAUCUCCAAGGAUGUGGUCCAGGGACUCGUUCCCGUGUUUACGCGUGAGUCCAAUGAGAUUGCAUUGGAACAAGAGAUCAAAGCGUUCUCUACCCACCUCGCGGUUCUUGUCAAAUCGAAUGUUAAGGUCAGCGAUGACGUUGUCAACGCCAUUGUCAAGGGAUCUGCGGAAAAGCGAAUCCCAUUCCGCAAAUUGUGGCAGCUCAAUGUCGGCGAGGUCUUCUGGAAUGCCGAUCCUGCCAAUCUAGUCAAUCCUGAGGUGGUACCGCUCGUGACCAAAUUCCUCAACAAGAUGAAGGAAUUGUUCACUGAAGUCUCUUCUAACCCCUUGCCAUCGGCUCAGAGCGGCGCCUUAUCCUCAGCUUACGUCUUUCUGGCGCUUGCUGGGCGCUUGGUUGCUGUGCAGGGCUUUGACCAGGCUGCGUGGGACGCCGUGGUGACCCAAUCGCUCGCGCUCGGUCCCAAGCCCUCGUUCCUUUUGAACCCUAGAGCCUACUCUAAGUUAGCCUCACAAGCUGAGACUCAAUGGGCCGUCAGGACUCUGGCCGCUGUCGCAUCGAGCUCGAAAUUUGAGGGCGCGGAAGAUGCCGCUAAGGUUGCUUGGGGACAGGCGUUCAUCUUCACUAUUACUUCGCCUGGUCUUCACACAAACUUCCGAGAGAGCUCCGCUCGUACAUUAUCCGAGGUCCAUCUCAAGAACAUCGGGUUGAUUAGCCGUGUCAUGAUAGAUGCUUUAUGGGCUUGGAUUCUUUCCUCCAGGACCGCCGAGAAAGAAUCCGCACCAGUUUCCGCGGGUCCUGAGAGCACAAGGUUCCUCCAUCUCGUUGCAAAGGCCCUCUGCCCGAGCGCAUCCAGUGUGCCCGAGUUGGAAAAGAUAACCCCUGAACUGAAAGGCCAGCUUGUCAAACUCCUCAUCCUUUGCCGGCCAGAGCUGAUCCCCAAUGUGUCAUGGAUUGCCUUGUGUCUGCGCACCGGAACGGACCCCGGGAACCUUGUUCGUGAGUUCCCAGAGGAUUGCAUGGAGCAGUUGAAUCAAGUUCAAGCGGAUCCUGUCCAAUCCAAAAUCCCUGAAAUCGAUGCUGCUGUGUGGGCCGCUGCCGGAGACUUGGCAUUUGUAGCUCCUGAUACUAUGGUUCCCCAGCUUGUUGCUCAGAUCCAGGACGAUUUGGACCCCUCCCGACUUUCUAAGUUGACGCCGACUGACGCGGCUAUCGCCCGGACACCCGAGGGCACCAUGUUUGUCGAUGUCUUGAGCACCAAAUCCAAACAGCCUGCCUUUGACAAAAACACCAAGGACUAUGACAUUCUCAAAUGGGAGGAAGAUCUGCGCUCGCAGUUGGCUGCAAAGAAGGGCGAGAAACCGAAGAAACUCACCGCUGAUGAGCAAUCUAAGGUUAAGGCCCAGCUCGCAAAGGAGUCUAAAAUCCGCGAGGAGGUUCUUCAGGAGGUUAAGAGAAUCGAGAGGGGUGCCGGCAUCAUUCAAGGCCUCGCGGAUGGCCCUGCCGUUGAUGCUGAUGGUUGGAUCAAUGCCGCCGUGAGGUCCUUGCUGGCCGUCUCGGAGGCUGGUGCCGGUCUAUUCACCGGUGACACCAUUUCCAAGACGUACGUCAAGUGUUCCGAGAAGCUAUCUACCCGAUUGGGCCCCUUGCGCACUUUCGUCGGUGUUGCUACCUUGCGAGCCCUGGGCAAAAGCAACCUUGCUCCUGAGAUUGAAAUAGAGCCUCUGGGACAACUUGUAACGAGAAUCCUCUACCGUUUGCGCUUCGCUUCCGAACAACGCCCCUUCGACAUCUCGUCUUUGGCCUAUCUCCUUCCGCUGAUUUUUGCCGUCAUUACCCAAAAUGGGGUUGACGAGCAGGAUGCGGAGCAAGAGGGAGAACAAGUGCUGCUUGCUCUUGAAUUCCUGUCUUUCCAUUCCGGCUCGUUCGGUGAUGAACGUCUUCCUCGCGUUGCGGUGCUGGAGCACUUGCUCAUCUCGAUGCAGAAGUACACCACUCAUUACAAGCUGAUCAAGGAUACUCUGUUUGAUCUGUGCAGAUGCAUCUCGCCAAACAUUUCCAAAGAAGAGCUCGAUGUUCUCCUCAAGGGUACCAUCGUCUCGGAUGUGUCGGUUCGGACAUCCUUCUUGCAAGCCAUCGAUGCUGAGAUUGAUUUAACCGACCUCGAUUUCUACGAACAAAUCUGGUUGGAAUGCCACGACCAAGUGGAAGAAAAUGCCGAACUUGCAGAAACAAUCUGGGAAGAUAAUGCAUUGGAGGUCGAUGACUCCACGUACGGAAAAAUUAUUCCAUACCUCGGUUCCAAGGACGCGCAGCUCCGAGGUGCUGCUGCUCGUGCGCUGGCACAUGCCAUUGAAUCGAAACCUUCAGUGUUUGGCGAUAUUGUCUCCGAGCUGCAAUCCAAGUAUGAAAUCGAGGCCAGGCCCAAAGCACCAGAGAAGGACGCAUACGGAAUGCCCAAGAAGAUGGACUUGACAGAUCAUUGGGAAUUCCGCAGCGGCAUUGCUCUUGCCUUCAGUGCAAUGACCUCUGGGUUUGAGGGCGACCAGAUUGUAUCUUUCCUCCGAUUCUUGAUUGAGAGAGGUCCUCUGAUCGACCGUAGCGGUGUGGUCAGGGCUCAAAUGGCUGAGUCCGGUCAAUCUAUCAUUGCUGCGCGCGGCCAGCAGAAGGUUGAAGAGUUGAUGAUCCUCUUGGAGACUACCUUGGAGACAUCAGACAAGGGAAGUGAAACCUCUGACCUGCUGAACGAAGCAGUGGUGGUCUUGUACGGAUCGAUUGCCCAGCAUCUCAAGGCCGAUGAUCCCCGUUUGCAGACCGUCAUUCAGAAACUCCUCGCCACUCUUCCGACGCCUUCGGAAAGUGUGCAGGCCGCUGCUUCCGCAUGCCUUCCACCUCUUAUCCGCCUUUCUGGCUCCCGAAGCGCUGGAUAUGUUCAGGAAAUGCUGGACCAACUCCUGCAGUCGAAGAAGUAUGCCACACAGCGCGGUGCCGCCUAUGGUCUUGGUGGUAUCGUUAGCGGUAAGGGUAUCUCUACCCUUCGCGAAUUCCAGGUCAUGUCCCAUCUUCGCGCAGCCGCGGACAACAAGAAGGAGCCACACCAGAGACAGGGUGCCCUGUUGGCUUACGAGCUUUUUGCGACUAUCCUUGGUCGCAUCUUCGAACCAUAUGUGAUCCAGAUAGUCCCGCAACUUUUGGCUGGCUUCGGUGACCCUAACGCCGACGUCCGUGAUGCUUGCCUUGACGCAGCUAAGGCUUGUUUCGCCAACCUCAGUUCCUAUGGUGUCAAGAAGAUCCUUCCCACCCUGCUCGACGGUCUCGAUGACACGCAAUGGCGUAGUCAAAAGGGAGCCUGUGACCUCCUCGGAGCCAUGGCCUAUCUCGACCCGCAACAGCUGGCGGCGAGUCUGCCGGCCAUUAUUCCUCCGCUGACGGUUGUUCUCAAUGACACUCACAAGGAAGUACGCAAUGCCGCCAACCGAAGUCUUCAACGAUUCGGUGAGGUCAUCAGCAACCCAGAGGUGAAGAGCUUGGUCAAUGUGCUCUUGAAGGCUCUGAGUGACCCCACCAAGUUCACCGACGAGGCUCUUGAUUCGCUUAUCAAGGUUUCCUUCGUUCAUUACCUGGAUGCUCCCUCUUUGGCGCUGGUUGUCCGUAUCCUUGAGCGUGGUCUUGGAGACCGGUCGACGACCAAGCGGAAAUCCGCACAAAUCAUCGGCAGUUUGGCCCAUCUCAGUGAGCGUAAGGAUCUCAUCACGCAUCUGCCAAUCAUCGUUUCUGGCUUGCAGCUGGCCAUUGUCGAUCCUGUCCCCACCACUCGUGCGACCGCGUCCAAGGCUCUUGGAUCUUUGGUCGAGAAGCUUGGAGAAGACGCUCUUCCCGACCUCAUUCCCAACCUUAUGUCUACGCUCAAGUCAGAUACCGGUGCUGGUGACAGACUGGGAUCUGCUCAAGCCCUGUCUGAAGUUUUGGCCGGAUUGGGAACCACGAGACUCGAGGAGACCUUGCCUACGAUCUUGCAGAAUGUUUCCAGCUCGAAACCUGCUGUCCGUGAAGGUUUCAUGACCCUCUUCAUCUUCCUUCCGGCCUGCUUCGGAAACAGCUUCGCCACUUACCUCAGCAAGAUCAUCCCGCCCAUUCUUGCUGGUCUGGCUGAUGACAUUGAGUCGAUUCGCGAGACCUCCCUCAGGGCAGGUCGCUUGCUUGUCAAGAACUUCUCUUCGAAGGCUAUCGACUUGCUUCUUCCAGAGCUGGAGCGCGGUCUUGCGGACGACAGUUACCGCAUCAGGUUGAGUUCCGUCGAGCUGGUGGGUGAUCUGCUCUUCAGCAUCACGGGUAUCACGGCCAAGGCCGACGACGAAGAAGAGGUCGAAGAAAUCGCCCAGGCCGGACAAUCCCUGCUGGAGGUUCUUGGAGAGGAGAGGAGAAACAAGGUCCUGUCCGCUCUGUUCAUUUGUCGCUGCGAUACUUCGGGUAUGGUCAAGAGCGCAGCCAUGGCUGUUUGGAAGUCACUUGUUGCUUCUCCUAAGACGCUCAAGGACAUGGUGGGCACUCUCUCUCAGCUCAUCAUCCGUCGCCUUGGCUCCUCGAACAUGGAGCAGAAGGUCAUUGCUAGCAAUGCUCUGGGUGACCUGAUCAAGAAGGCCGGAGAAUCUGUUCUCUCGACCUUGCUGCCUACUCUCGAGGAGGGUCUGCGCACGUCGCCUGAUGUGGAUGUCAAGCAGGGUAUUUGCAUUGCCCUUCGUGAACUCAUUACUGCUGCUUCGGUCGACGCUCUCGAGGACUACGAGAAGGUACUCAUCUCCACUGUCCGGGUGGCUUUGGUGGACAAUGACGAGGACGUUCGUGAGGCUGCCGCAGAGGCUUUCGACGCUUUGCAGCAGAUCCUAGGCAAGAAGGCUGUCGACCAAGUUCUGCCUCAUCUUCUACUCCUGUUGAGAAACGAUGAGGAUGCUGAGCAAGCGCUAUCCGCGCUCCUGACGCUUCUCACCGAGCAGACUCGGGCCAAUAUCAUCCUGCCCAACCUCAUCCCGACUCUGCUCACCGCGCCCAUCUCGUCAUUCAACGCCAAGGCUUUGGCCUCGCUGGCUGAAGUGGCCGGUUCCGCCAUGACCCGCAGACUGCCAACUAUCCUGAACUCGCUCAUGGACAACAUCAUUUCGACCACCGACGAUACUCAUCGUGAAGAGCUGAGCAGUGCGUUUGACACCGUCUUGGUGUCUGUGGACGAGUUUGACGGCCUCAAUGUGGUGAUCAACGUCAUGCUGACGCUCCUGAAACACGAUGAUCACCGCCGUCGCGCCAAUGCAGCGAUCCACCUGACCAAGUUCUUCUCGGGUGCUUCCAUCGACUUCUCUAGAUACUACCCCGACUUGAUCCGCGUCUUGCUCAUCUUGUUCGAUGACAGCGAUAAGGACGUCGUCAAGGCUGCCUGGACUGCUCUAAGCGGACUCACUUCUCACAUGCGUAAGGAGGAAAUGGAGGUUCUUGUUGUUCCUACGCGUCAAGUCCUACGGGGAGUCGGCGUUCCCGGGGCAGAUCUCCCUGGAUUCAGCUUGCCAAAGGGUAUCACUGCCAUCCUGCCCAUCUUCUUGCAGGGUCUCCUCAAUGGUACUGUCGACCAGCGUACGCAGGCAGCUCUCGCCAUCGGCGACAUUGUCGACCGUACCGCUGCUGCUUCCUUGAAGCUGUUUGUGACCCAAAUCACUGGUCCUUUGAUUCGUGUCGUUUCUGAACGCUCGGUUGAUAUUAAAUGUGCCAUUUUCCACACUCUCAACAAGCUUUUGCAGAAGAUCCCGCUGGCCGUCAAGCCCUUCUUGCCCCAGCUUCAGCGAACAUUUGCCCGUGGUCUGGCAGACUCGACUAGCGAGACUCUGCGCAACCGUGCAGCAAAGGGUCUUGGAAUCUUAAUCACAUUGACCCCGAGGGUCGAUCCUCUGAUUGCAGAGCUCAUCGCUGGAACUAAGACCCCCGACGUCGGCGUGAAGAACGCAAUGAUGAAGGCCCUUCAAGAGGUUGUCGGCAAGGCUGGUGCCAAUAUGAGCGAUGCUUCCAAGAACUCCAUCCUCGCCCUUAUUGACGACGAUGCAAGCGACCAGACGGACGCUGUUGCUAUUACGAACGCCAAGUUGUUGGGAGCGCUCGUCAAGGUGCUUCCUGCAGCCACGGCAGGACCUCUUAUCAAGAGUCGCGUGCUCACGACGCACAUGUCGCAUGGCUCAGUUUUGGGACUGAAUGCACUGCUCGUCGAAUCUCCGUUGUCUCUGACGGAACAAUACUCCUCGGAAACGCAGUCGAUUAUUUGCCAGGGUGUUACGCAUAAGGAUCCCUUCAUUGCCGACAACACUGUCCUUGCCGCUGGCAAGUACUUGUUGGUGGAAGAUGAACAUCGCAACUUCGAGAGCACCAAGGCCAUCUUCGAAGCCCUGGCUCCCUGCAUCCAGCCAGGAACGCCUUCCGACACCCGUCGCUUGGCCCUCGUGGUUCUCCGUACGGUCAGUCGACUCCACCCGGAGAUGACUCGACCUCACCUGGCGCUGCUCGCCCCGCCCGUUUUCGCCAGCGUCCGCGACGUCGUCAUCCCUGUCAAGUUGGCCGCGGAGUCCGCUUUCCUGGCCAUCUUCUCGGUCAUCGACUCCGAGGGUGCCGUGUUUGACAAGUACAUGGCGGGACCUGGAUCCGAACUCCCGCCAGGCCCGAAGCGCAGCAUGUCGGACUACUUCAAGCGUGUUGCCCUCCGUCUCGGAGGACAAGCUCGGGAACGCAAGGAAGCCGAAGGUGGACAAGGCGGAUUGGGUCUCUCCAAUGAUGAGGUUGAGGAUGAGAAGGAAUUGUGGAGCAUUGGAAAGGUGGAUCUUGGGGAAUCCUCGUUUGAGGAGUGA